GGGUGCCUACGUAAGAGAGAAUCAAGUCCAUGUCCCACUCAUUUCCAUAAUUCAUCAUAAAUUGUGCAAGGGUGCUAUAGGACGCGCUAAACCAUAAGAGCCACAAAUCAACACACAGGUCUAUGCUAUUUUACCUCUAAAAUAAUAAAAACAACAACAAUACCUACAACGAGCAAACGGUGGAAUUGUCAACAAAUGAGCUCCUAUUUUGUGAACUCAUUCUGCGGUCGCUAUCCCAAUGGCGCGGACUUCCAGUUACAUAAUUAUGGAGACCAUAAUACGGCAAACGACCAAUACAGAGACUCAACAGCCAUGCAUUCCAGCAGGUAUGGCUAUGGCUACAACGGAAUGGACCUAACAGUCGGGCGGACCGGUACCGGACACUUUGUGAGCAGCGAGCAGACACCGGGCUACUCCCCGAGUCACUCAACGGCGACAACACCCUCGGUGGAGCCGGUCAGGUACAGCCAGUCCGCCAGCAGCACCGGGACAUCGUCUCUAUCGCCACCACCUGACCCACUACCGUGCUCCUCGGUUGCCACCUCGUCCCCGGUCACCGAGACUCAAUCUCAACACCGAGUCGUGAAAAACUCUAUAACGAACCCGUGCUCAACCCCGUGCUCGAGCUCGAACGGAGGUACGCUGCUGCUCAGCCGGGACUGUGUGUCCAAAGCUUCCCCUCUCGAGGAAGAGAAGCCUGCGGGAAGCGCACCAACAACUCCUCAAAAUGUCACCGACUCAACACAGCCUCAGAUAUAUCCGUGGAUGAGAAAACUACAUAUAAAUCAUGAUUUGUCAGGACCAGAGGGGAAGAGAGCCAGGACUGCAUACACCCGGUACCAGACCCUGGAGCUAGAGAAGGAGUUCCACUUCAACCGGUACCUGACCCGCAGGCGGAGGAUCGAGAUUGCCCAUGCCCUCUGCCUCUCAGAGAGACAGAUCAAAAUCUGGUUUCAGAACCGCAGGAUGAAGUGGAAGAAGGACAACAAGCUGAAGAGCAUGAACAUGGCGGCUGCAGGCGGGGGGGGCUACAGGCCUUAAUAUGCACUCCUCUACCCCUGAUAGCGAGCACUCUAAAAAAAAUAAAACAAAGAUUGUCAUAUCAACUUCUCCUCCUCCUAUUUGAAAAAGCGCGAGAGACUUGUGAACGUUCUGUGUGCGGGACAGGGGACACCCCAUAGGUCCACUGUAUGUCGAACCACCGUCCCAUUAUAUUCCUUAAUAUUUCCUUUUUAUUUCCACCGUGGUUAUGCUUAUGUGAGUAAAAAUAUGCAUCAUGUACAGUUCUGUCUAGAUUUAGUAGAAAAAGAAACAAAAUAAAUGUUUGUUUAAAUUAUUUCUUGUUCAGACGAAAAAA